AUGAGGAAAUCGUUUAAGGAUUCUCUUAAAGCUCUUGAAGCUGAUAUUCAGUUUGCCAAUACUCUGGCUUCUGAUUAUCCUAGGGACUAUGAUGGUGCCUGCCUUCAAAUGAGAUUAUCCUACAGCCCUGCUGCUCAAUUUUUUCUUUUUCUUGUCCAAUGGACUGAUUGUCACCUAGCUGGUGCCUUGGGAUUACUUAGAAUUCUUAUAUACAAGGCUUAUGAGGAUGGAAAGACAACCAUGUCUAUUCAUGAAAGAAAGGCUAGCAUAAGAGAGUUCUAUGGGGUGAUAUUUCCUUCUUUAUUGCAACUUCAAAGAGGACUCACUGAUGUAGAAGACAGGAAGCAAAAAGAAAUUUGUGCGAAGUACAAAAAGAAAAAUGAAAUGGACAAAGGAAAGCUCUCUGAAGUUGAUUUAGAGAGAGAAGAAGAAUGUGGCAUUUGCAUGGAGAUUAAUAGCAGGGUUGUAUUGCCCAAAUGCAAUCAUGCAAUGUGUAUGAAGUGCUAUCGGGAUUGGCGUACUCGCUCUCAAUCAUGUCCUUUUUGCCGAGACAGUCUCAAGAGAGUCAACUCAGGUGAUCUUUGGAUCUACACCAGCAACAAUGAGGUCAUUGACUUGUCUUCAAUCACUAGACAGAAUUUGAAGAGACUGUUCAUGUACAUUGAUAAGUUGCCUCUCAUUGUUCCUGAUCCAGUGUUUGUUCCUUACGACCCCCGUUACAGGUGA